AACAAACUGAUACGUGGAAAAAACAGGUUCAAAACAGGUCAGAUAAUUAUUUUACYUUUUUAAGCUUGAUUUUUAAAAGUUAUAUUCUAUAUUUUAGUCAGCAUAUUUAACAUCAUUUCUUUGUUUCAUCUUCAGACCAACAUUACCUCUACAURUGAAAGCCACGCCCCCACUUCAUGGGAGGAAGUUUAAAAAAAACUGCCCUGUAAAAAGGAGGCUCAGCAGCUGUGAGGUGAGUUUGUGACAGACUGGUGACAGAUCAUCACUGCAGCUUCUUUUAAACUGGAAAUUACAGGGAGCAUCAAAGAGGCUGAAGAACAAACAGAAAUCAAGAUUUAGAUCAACAAUAACAACGAGAAGAAGAAUAGUUAGAAGGAUACCUGAGAGUUCUCUUGGAUUAAUUCCUGGAUUGGAUUACCUUGGAGGCUUUGGAGCUGACUGCAGGAUGGCUGGGAUCCUCUGGCUGCUGGUUCUGACUCUGCUCUCUCAGGGCUGCAGGACCAGUCCUGGACAGAYCGACAUGGGCUGCAAGAUAUGGACUUCAAACGGGAAUGAUGUUUGCUGUCAGGAAUGCCAUCCUGGGAACAGGCUGGUGAGGCUGUGUGGUCCUAAUCCGAAAACCCUCUGCAAACCUUGUGAUCCUGGGACUUUUACACUGAAACCCAAGGAGUACAGGUGUACCAGGUGUUCACAGUGUGUCGGUGCUCAAAUCCAUUUGAAAGACUGCACCAUCCAAAGUGACACACAGUGUGGCUGCAAAGCCGGACUCAUCUGUGCGGAUGAAGCGUGCUCCCACUGUUUCAUUGAAUGUGGAAAAGGCUAUGAGCGUGCAGAUGAUGGUUCUUGCAGACCCUGUCCAAAUGGAACCUUCAACGACAAGAGUUUUCAAAAGUGUAAACCCUGGAGUAUCAGGUGUCCCCAUCACGAUCAAGUGAUUGUGGCCAAAGGAAACCCAUCCUCUGAUAUUCAGUGCGUGACCUUCAGCUCUGUGAACAAACCAAAACNAAAAAAAUCAAAGAAAUUGCAAAAUGUAAGAACGGUGAUCUAA